AUGCUGUUCUGGCACACGCAGCCCGAGCACUACAACCAGCACAAUCCCGGCAGCUACCUGCGCGACGUCCUCGCUCUGCCGAUCUUCAAGCAGGAGGAGCCGCAGCUGUCCCCCGAGAACGAGGCCCGCCUGCCGCCCCUGCAGUAUGUGCUGUGCGCUGCCACGUCCCCGGCUGUGAAGCUGCAUGAGGAGACCUUGACCUACCUCAACCAAGGUCAGUCUUAUGAAAUCCGACUGCUGGAAAACAGGAAACUGGGAGAUUUUCAGGAUCUGAACACAAAAUAUGUGAAGAGCAUCAUCCGCGUGCUGUUUCACGACCGCCGCCUGCAGUACACGGAGCACCAGCAGCUGGAGGGCUGGCGGUGGAGCCGGCCCGGGGACCGGAUCCUGGACAUCGAUAUUCCACUGUCUGUUGGUAUCUUGGACCCCAGGGCCAGCCCGACCCAGCUGAAUGCAGUCGAGUUUUUGUGGGAUCCUUCAAAGAGAGCGUCUGCGUUCAUUCAGGUGCACUGCAUCAGCACCGAGUUCACCCCGAGGAAGCACGGGGGCGAGAAGGGGGUGCCCUUCCGGGUGCAGAUCGACACCUUCAAGCAGAGCGAAAAUGGGGAGUACACGGAGCACCUGCACUCAGCCAGCUGCCAGAUCAAGGUGUUCAAGCCGAAGGGAGCUGACCGGAAGCAGAAGACGGACCGGGAGAAGAUGGAGAAGAGAACAGCCCAAGAGAAGGAGAAGUACCAGCCAUCCUAUGAGACCACCAUCCUCUCAGAGUGCUCCCCGUGGCCUGACGUGGUUUACCAGGUGAACAGUGCCUCAUCCCCAAGCUACAACGGCUCACCAAACAGCUUUGGCCUCGGCGAAGGCAACAGCUCCCCGACCCACCCGGUGGAGGCCCUGCCCGUGGGCAGCGAUCACCUGCUCCCCUCGGCCUCCACGCAGGACGCCCAGCAGUGGCUCCACCGCAACAGGUUCUCCCAGUUCUGCCGGCUCUUCGCCAGCUUCUCGGGCGCUGACCUGCUCAAGAUGUCCCGAGACGACUUGGUCCAGAUCUGUGGCCCUGCAGAUGGGAUCCGGCUCUUCAAUGCCAUCAAAGGCAGGAACGUGAGGCCGAAGAUGACCAUUUACGUCUGCCAGGAGCUGGAGCAGAGCCGCGUGCCCCUGCAGCAGAAGCGGGACGGCGGUGGGGACCCCAACCUGUGUGUGUACCACGCCAUCUUCCUGGAGGAGCUGACCACCUUGGAGCUGAUCGAGAAGAUCGCCAACCUCUACAGCAUCUCGCCGCAGCACAUCCACCGGGUGUACCGCCAGGGCCCCACGGGCAUCCAUGUGCUGGUCAGCAACGAGAUGGUGCAGAAUUUCCAAGAUGAAUCCUGUUUCAUCCUCAGUACCUUAAAAGCCGAGAGCAAUGACGGCUACCAUGUCAUCCUGAAAUGCGGCCUCUGAGCAGAUGCAGAGUGGGCAGCUGCCUCCCACCACCAGCCCCACGGACCCCCUUGGAUGUAGAUAUCACACCCCUGGAAGCUGUGGCAAGGAGGGACCUGGCCCGGCCCGUGAAAGCCACAGACCUGGGGACGCUGCGGGUCUGGAGGGCAGAAAGCCAGCAGCUCCUCUCUCCCCACCUCAGCCCCCGGCUUUGGGACAGUUCCCUGUUCCUUUUCUUGGUCCUUCCAUCUGAAAAGGCCAACGGGAGCCAUCUGCGCUGAAACCUCUUGGUCCCCUGGCUGGAGUCUGGUCCACCAGGUACCCGGGUGCCACUGUGCGGGUUCCUUCCGCCCGUUCUCCUGCCUCCAGAGAAGGCUCUGCCUCUCUCGCAGGCCUUCCCCUCUUCUCUGCUGACUGGCUGGGUCCCUGGGCAGCUGACUACCUGGGGGUGGUUCGAGACGGUCCUGUCUCCAUGUGGGUUUCCCGUCUUGGUGAUCCUGGUGAGCGUCUGUCCUUCCUGUUCCUGGAUGGCUUGAUGGGUGUUGGGUUGACUCUGCCUUCUGGUUCUUUUCACAUUGACCUUGAUUCUAAGUGUCUGCUGCUGCUCACAGCCCAGAGGGGCCUUGCGUUUCUCCAUUGCUGGGGUAUACACUCCGGAGCCACCCACAGCUGGUUCUAAGCCCUUGGGGAGGAGAGGAUGGGGCUGAGAAGACUAUUUUUAGGCACAUUUUCCAGUCCUCUUGCCUGGAAAAUCCCAUGGACAGAGGAGCCUGGUAGGCUGCAGUCCAUGGGGUCGAAAAGAGUCA